CAAAACAAAAGGAUAAAAAAAAAAAAAAAAAAAGGCGUUUCUUUUUCUCUUUCUCUAUCAUCAUUCAUCAUCUCUUGUGAAAUUCAAAUUCGAGAGAGACCAUUUGAAAAAUCCAGCUCCCAAAAUCGUUGAUUUAUCAGCAACUUCAAAAACCCCCAAUUUCACGAAAUCGUUAGUCAAUCUCAUCAUCAUCACCUGGGAACAACACUCUUUCGAUUUUUUUGGGGGCUUAUUUGGUUGACAGCGUCUAAAAACGAUAUGAUGGGAAGUAAAAGAGAAGAAGAGAGGAACGAGAAGAUUAUUCGUGGGCUUAUGAAGCUUCCCCCUAACCGUCGUUGUAUCAACUGCAAUAGCCUUGGCCCUCAAUAUGUUUGUACAACUUUCUGGACUUUCGUAUGCAUGGCUUGUAGCGGGAUUCACCGUGAAUUUACUCAUCGUGUGAAGUCUGUAUCAAUGUCAAAGUUUACUUCUCAAGAAGUUGAAGUACUUCAAAAUGGUGGUAAUCAGCGUGCCCGAGAAAUUUAUUUGAAAAAUUGGGACCAUCAACGACAGAGACUUCCGGAAAACAGUAAUGCAGAAAGAGUUCGUGAAUUUAUCAAAAGUGUGUAUGUGCAAAAGAAAUAUGCAGGUGCAAAUGUUACGGACAAGCCUCUGAAAGAUAUUCAGGACCAUGGAAGUUCUGAAGAUAUGACUCGACGGGCCAACUCGUAUCAUUCUUACUCCCAAAGCCCUCCUUACGAUUAUCAGUAUGAAGAGCGCCGUUAUGGGAAAGUACCCUUGGGAUUUGCCGGCAAGUCUGCUUCAGUGAGAGGUCUUCAUGCCAAAGCCUCUAGUUUUGUAUACAGCCCUGGACGUUUUAGUGAUCAUAUGUUUGAAGACCAAUUCGCAAAUGAGGGAUCUGCUCCAAGGGCUUCAGAUUUUUCUGUGUCAAGUGGAGGAGAUCCGUUCAGGUCUGAUACACAGUCCCCAAACUUCCAGAAGGAAAUUGAAUUUCGUAGUCCCCAGUUUCACCAUUCAAAUGCCCCUCCAAGUGAAAAUUUAUUUCCAGGCAGGCAACAUCAGAGAACUACAAGUGGCUUAGGGGAAGGCGUAUCUGAAAGUACAGGAAGCCAGCAACCUUCAAUAGCACCCCGAUCUACUACUGUUCCUUUAGUAGCAGAGUCGACAAAGGCUCCUAUUGAUUUGUUUCAGUUGCCAGGAGCGCCAAUGGCUCAAUCUGUCAAUACAGUUCAACCUUCAAUAGCACCCCGAUUUCCACCUACGAAUGUUCAUCAACCUCCACAGACGUACUCAUCCACCCCGACAGAUUUGUUUGCUGGAAAUUUGGGCCAGCAAUCUACUUCAAGACUGCCAGACUUGUCUGCACCUAAGAACGAAGGGUGGGCUUCUUUUGAUAAUCCCAUUCCUGCUGAACAAUCUACAAACGUUAUUAGCUCCUCUGGAGCUUCCCAGUUGGAAGUAAAAGAUGAAGGAAUCCCACAGCCUAGCACAAGCAUGCAAUGGCCACCAUAUCCAUCUGUUGUGGACCAACAUGCUUUGUCGAUAUCAAGUCCAUGGCAGGAUGAUCUCUCGGACGUUUCUAAAAAUGUUGCCGUUACCCCGCCGUGGAAUGCCUUUCCCGACUCUAUUGAGGCCAAUCCUUUGGACAGUGGUAGGAAUACUCACCAACAGCAUUUGGAACCACAAGUUGUAGAGGAAUUAAGCAAUGGUGUCACCCAAACAGCCACAUUCCCUGCUGGAUCUUCUGGUUUUGAUUUUCCAGGGAAAAUUGUCAUGGCACAAGAAGAAGCUUGGCAGCAUGUAAACGAACAAAAGUCAGCUAAUCCAUUUGAUCUCCCGUAUGAUUCCGAGUUUGACUCAAAUGACAUGUUCUUAGACGUGAGUUCGUUACAAGGGGCACUACCUGAUAUCCAGACACCACCAACCUUCCUUAAUGGUGCACAACCAUGGCUCGUUCUAGAUUAUGUACCCUCGUACUUACCUACUCCAGCAGUCGCGCAAGUGAGUAUCCCAUGUUCAGCCCCUUCAAACUUGUACAGGUGGCGUAGCAUGCAUGGCAGGGGAAGCCUCAUCUCAACUACAGAAUUCUGCUGCACAAGGCACUGUUGCUUCUACUGGAGGCAAUCCAUUUGCUUAGUCACAUCUAAUUCUGCUUCAUCGUCUUCUUCAGCUAUGCAUAGAUGCUUCAUCUUUCUUAUUCAUCUUCCAAUUGAUGCCUUCUAUAAAUUUGUUUUUAUUCCAAAAGAAGAAACCAGCCUUAUUGUGCAAUGUGUUUGUUUCUUUGUUCGGAACCAAAUUCAGCUGUAUUGUGAAACCAAUUGUGAAAGCGUUGAGGGUUUAAGGGUUGCAGUACCUUUUGUAAAGUUUCAUCUUUUUAUCAAACGGAACAAAAUCAUUGAAUAAAAAAUGCAGUCGCUGACAAGCAAUA